ACCUCUGUCCUAAGGCCUUCAAGGGCUCAUCUGCCUUGCUUUACCACCAGAGGUCUCAUUCAGGAGAGAAACCCUAUAAGUGUGACGACUGUGGAAAAGCCUUCAAGCGCUCCUCUCUUUUGCAGUUUGCUGUACGCUUGUUCUCUGCACUCACGAGUCUUCAGCGGAGGAUUCCUCGUCUCUGCCCAUGUGUCGGGAGAGUGAUUGCCUUCCAGUCUGCUGGGCGCUGUUCUCUGCACCUCACUGCACUUCAACAGAGGAUUGCUACGAAUCAGCUCCUGACUUCCACAAUGCACACACUCGCCUACGAACACACUAUUCUGGAUUUGCCCAUUGCGCAGCCACGGCGUGCAUGCAUCAACAAACUUCUCUUCGCUACUGCAGCCGGUGCCGGAAUCCUCAGUAUUAGCCAGCACAGUUUAUUGUUAAUAAAUCCUUUGAACUGUUCCUCUGCUCUUGGGUCUCUUUGUCUCGCUCUUGCUCUGUGACAGCUUGAUCAUAAAGUUUCUAUUGCAUCAGAAAAAUACUAAGACAGAUUAGAGUACAACAAGAAUAAUAUAUAAAUAUAUAUAAUAAAAAUUUUUAUUGUAUGGUCAAGUGCAAUAUUGUUGACCCUUGCCUAAAUGUAGACUUCUAGGGGUUCUUUUUCAUUUCUGAAAUUGUACUUUCUCGUUUCAUUUCCUUUUUUUCUUUCCUUAGGAAAUAAGGAUGCAAGGAAAGGAAACGUGGACGGAGGAAUCGUAGCUAGAUGUAUUUGUAAAAUGGAAUGCCCUUCUCACUCAUCGCAUCACUUUAAAGCGCCGUCUCUGUACAGAUGCAUUACAUUGGAGUGCUUUCCUCUAUGUUGUUGAAACUUGUUUAAUUUAUAAAAACUAAUAAUUCAAGAUGCACUGUUGAAGUAUGUGACAAUUAUGGUUUAUUUAAACCGCAAAGGUGAAACAUGAAUUUAAACUGUUGUGUCAGAUGUGAGGGGGGAGGAGAAUUUAUAUGUCGGUCAGGAGCUUUGGCCAAAAAGUCUUCCGCAUAGGAUUCUCCUUGGCUUACUCACUCAAGCGACCUCGGUAAUCGUCCUCCGUCCUUGAUCCUCGCCUCCUUGUGGUGCAUUUAGAGAACUGAUACAUCCUUCAUGAUGGCGGACUUUGAUUAGUUUCCGGGUCACGGGCUGGAGGACGGAGGAGCGAGGAAAUGAGGAUACACAAUUUAAGAAAUUAAAAGCACCCUAGGAGAUAAUUGUUUUAGCUAUAUUGCCCACCACUAGUACCAAUACAUAGUACUGGUUUUUUAAACCAGGAUUCAUUCUCAGCAUGUAUGAAUUAAUGUAUUUAGUCUUAAAAGUGAUUCUCACUCUGACUUUGGUGCAAAUUUUACAAUACUUGAUGUACUUACUGUCACAAUGAUUUAUAUAUCCAGAUUCAUCGCAGUGUGCAUACAGGUCUACGCACUUUCCAGUGCUCCUAUUGCCCUUUGACCUUCAAAUGGAGCUCACACUACCAGUAUCACCUCCGCCAGCACACUGGUGAAUGUCCAUACCCAUGUGACAUCUGCUCCAAAGCCUUUAAGAACUCCAGCAGCCUGCGUCGCCAUAAGAAUGUACACCUGGGUUUCAAGCCUUACGUCUGUGAUGUCUGCAAUAAAGCCUUCAGUCAGUCAACUAACCUGCGGCAGCACAUGCGUAUACACACGAGUGAACGUCCGUAUGUUUGUGGGGAAUGUGGGCGCAGCUUCGCGCAUUCGUCCAACUUGGCACUGCAUCGCUUCUCACACAUAGAAGGAAAGGGAAAGGGUGCUGGAAAGGCUGAAGGGGCCAGCUCAGGGUCAGCUCCUCGAGAGGUGGAGGUGGUGCUGACAGAAGAUUUGAACACAGUUGGGAUGACCAUAUCUGAAAUGGUCGGCCUUGUGGGUGGACAGGAGGGAGGGGUCGGGCAGGUGUUCCUGUCUCACAGUGCACCCUCACCUGCUACCUCAGGCACAUCCCAUCAAAAUCUCCUUCCCCAGCUUACCCUCACACCCACUUCCUCCACUAUCACAGGCACAGAGCAUUUGCACAUUAACAAGACAGACACUGGUGCUAGUGUUUUGCUGUUUAGCUGUGGCAGCUGCAAUGAGACAUUUUCAACACAAAGUCACCUUGAGGAGCAUCAGGCACUACACCUGAACAGCCUUGGCCCAAGGACUGGGGGUGGAGUUGCAACAGAAAAUAGCACAGAGGCUGAGGGAAGUGGGGUGUCACUGGUCGGGCCAACACCAUUGUUGGCUGAUUUUGAAGAGGUUGUUGAAACCACCACAGUUGCAGAUAGCGGGCAGAGGGCUGAGUUACUUGGUCUGGAUGGGGUCAGAAACGAAUCAGGACAGGCUCAGUUUGAUCUUCUGCAAAGAUUCACUACGUCUAUGAAUCGGAUGCCUUCUGAUUCUUGUGUGCAAUCUACAACAGAAUGUGCCUUCUGUGGGAAGAGUUUCAAAACCAGCAGUGGACUGACACAACACAUGGCCCAGUCCCAUUCUCUUGCUCUGUCUGAGUCCCGUUCUCAAUUCAACUGCUCAGCAUGUGACCGCUCCUUCCCGCUGCUCUCUUCUCUGCUCACCCACCAGCACUCCCACACUCCAGAGCAGAGAUUGCUUGCAGAGGCAGAGGCAGAAAUUGUCUGCCCCUCUCUCUCGCUGCCCCUUCCCUCUUUAAAGAGAGAGGGAGAAGAUGGAGAAAGAGAGAUCCAUGUCAGUCUAAUUGCUGUCACUGAGGAGGGAGAGAGACAAGCUGUGAAGCCAUCUGCCAAAGCAUCAGGAAAGGGAAGCAGGCGAGGUGGAGGUAGCAAGACAUCUGCCACAAAUAAUGAGAGGCCAUAUCACUGCUCUGAGUGUGGGAAGUCAUUCAAAGGUUCAUCAGGACUUAGGUACCACAUGAGAGACCACACUGGGGAGAGACCGUAUCGAUGCACAGAGUGUGGCAAGAGCUUCAAAAGGUCCUCACUGCUCUCCAUACACCAACGGGUCCACACAGGUGUGCGGGCUUUUCAGUGCCCCUACUGUCCACUGACCUUUAAGUGGAGCUCACACUACCAGUACCAUCUUCGCCAGCACACAGGCGAGCGCCCAUAUGUAUGUCAGGAAUGUGGCAAGUCUUUCAAGAACACCAGCUGUCUCCGUCGCCACAGUCAGCUCCAUUCUGGCCUACGUCCGCAUGCUUGUUCUGUGUGUGGUAAGGCUUUCUCUCAGACCUCCAAUCUCAAACAGCAUGAAAGGACACACUCCGGAGAGAGGCCCUUCCAGUGUUCUCAGUGCCAGAAGGGCUUCACACACUCCUCCAAUCUGCAGCUGCACCUGCGCACACACUCCUUGCGCAAGGACUUCAAGUGUCAACACUGUGUAAAAGAGUUUGUCACGCUCUCCUCCCUGCAAAGGCACCUGAGGACACAUAGUUCCAGGGGUGUAGUAGCAUGUACGAAGGAGGUGGGGAAGGUGGCUAGAGGUGGUGGGGCACCAGAGACAACAAUGCUGAAUUUAAACAUGAAUGUAUCUGGUGGGCUUCCCUCAUUGUUUCCCACUGAUGGUAAUUCUACAUUGAUUAUUUCACCCCCAAAUCUAGACAUACCUCCAAACACAUCACAGAAUUAUUUCAUGAUCCAGACAACUUCAGGACUGCAGCUGAUCCCACUGUCCAAUCCCACACCAACACAGCCAGCCCCUCCUCCUCCACCCCCACCCCCACCACAGACUCAGAAUUUCCUGCUUCUUCAGUGCCAGUCUAACAAUGGAAACCAGCCUAGUCUGAUUCUGGUCCCCACAACAUCCAAUACAAACACUCUUCGCACCCCUUCAGAACCACAGACCCUUCCAUUGUUGCAAACCAUUCCAGCACUGCCCAAAGUUUUGGCCCCAGCCCAACCUCAGAUCCAACAAUUUCAAUCAGUUCAGACACAGCAGAGAUUUAUUUUGACCAAUAAUAAUCCUCCCCUCAUCACUUCCCUGCCACAAAGCACACCAACAAUUGCUCAUCCCGUUUUAGGCACUGUUAGUCGUACCAGGAAAGGAGGUACUAGGCGUGGACGGAAGCCUAAAGCUGCUAUCCAAACCCCCCCCACUGCCAUUAAGACUACAGCAGUCAAACAACCAUUGAUGUCGUCAGCUGCAACUUCCACAUCUACCACAACAUCCAUUGCCACUUCUGUUGCUUCCUCAACGACAGAGUUCCAGCAGCUUAAUGGUUAUGAUGAUCUACCAACUGUGUCAUCUGUCAGCUCUAGCCAAGUGCCUGAAAGCCCUAUUGUCCCUGCUGUUGGCAUUGUGUCAGUGACACCAAACUCCGAUAAUUCCCAUGUUCUAAGAGGUGAUCCUGAGAGUUCUCCAGUCGAGGAGAAACCUGUCCAAGAAAUCUCGAGGGAGCGCUUUGUUUUGUGUUUAGAGGAAGGGAUGGAGGACGGAGGACCGGGUGAUGGGAUGGAGGUGGAGAUGGAGGGAGGGAGUGAUGCAGGGCGGUCAUAUGUCUUGCAGAUUGAAGAUGAAGGGCAGCAAGAAGAGGGAGGCAAUAGUGAGGGACUAAAACAAAAAUAUGUGCUUCGGUUUCAGACAGAGCAUGAGGGAGAUGGAGAAAGAGAGAAGUCUGAAAUGGUCUCUCUUAACCUUCUACGAGAGUGGACUGGUCAGAGCGAGGGGCAUAGAUCUGUUGAGACUGAAGGAAGUGUUGAAGUAGAGAAGUCAUUUGUAAUUCAUUUUCAAACUGAUCCUCAGGGUGAGGAGGACCUUCAGCCAAGCUCGGACUAUAUGGGAAGCCCAGGUGAGGAUCUCAGCCUUUCCUGCCAUCCUGCUCAAGCCUUGGUGCCUCUGGAAGGGCAGGAUGUGGUUUUUGAGCUAGGUAAUAAAACUAAAAUGGAUGUGAGCACAGGCCCUGGAGACAGACAAAUGAUUGCACUGAUAGAAGGUGAGGGCAACAGCUUUAGGGGAGGGGGUGGUUUUAAAGGGGCUGUUGAGGAAAACUCUGGGCAAAUGGAGGGAAUAUUUCAGUUAGAGGGAGGAGAGGGCAUUGUUAUAAUUGAAGUUAGCACCAGCAGUUUGAGAGACAGUGGAAUAGAGUCAGCAGAAGUAGGACAUACUUUAGUGGAAGAAAAUGAUGGAAGGCAAACUAGUGAUGCACAUGCAGCACAAGAGGAAGUAACAUUAGAGGUGCCAAAAGUUCAUGAGGUCGAGAGCAUAUAAUAAUUGGAGAUCGGAAUGAUUAAAACUUCAGGCUAAAUAUGGCAUAACUUUUUAGUUUAACUGGCUUUAACACAAAUCACACCUUAUGACACUUCAUGUCCAAACUAUUCAUAUGAAGUAGUGGUUGACUCUCUGUAAUUCUAAAGUGUUCCUUUUGGAUGGUGAUUAACAGUUAUAGACAUUAGGAAGCAAAUGUCAGUACUGUAGCUGUACGACCAACACAGGACCUAAAGAAUGUUGGAUCCUAAAGUAUAUAAAUCAACGUGGACUUUUCCCUUGCACAAACAGACACCACAGUGUCUUCUUCCUCUGGUGUUUUUACCUUCAGACUGCACUUCAUGAGGAUAAAGCAUAUUGCUUGGAAGUUGUAGAACUUUGUUCACCUGGCCCCUACGGGGAGCUGUUUCACAAACCACAAUCAUCAGAUACAACCCAGCUGAAAAUAAUGGUUUCUGUUUGAAGGAAGUCCCUGGUGCUCUUCUACAUCCAGGGUGCACUGAAAAGAGAAAUAAUUUAUAAUUUAUUAUUAAUUAUGAACUAUAUUCAGAUAUGCUGUCAUGUUGACAGUGACUGUACAGAGUGAACUUUUGUAAAUAUGUCUAUUUGUGUUCAUUCUUCAUAUUGGUACUAGUUUAUGACAAUUACCAAUAAAAAUAGGUAUGAAUGUCA